GCAACGAGAGAGAGAAAAAACGGAGGUGUGGCGUCCUCAAUGUGACACCUUCUGGUCCCUACUGGGUGCCUGAGGUUCUAGUGGAGAGGCAUACAAAAGAAAACAGACACACAAAAAACCCCCCCCAAAAAACCCAGUGGAAAUGGAGAGGAAGGAACUGGAUGCAAAGGUUGCUACAGAGGAGGAAAGGAGAGGAGCUCUUGUCGCAGCGCGCGGAGGUGAAAGAGACGCAGACAGGAGCGAAGGCCGUGGAUGUUCUUUGGAAUGGAGUGAAACGGGCAAAACUGGAAAUGAAAAACUGAAGAUUUGUCGGGAGACCUUAAACAGUCGUCGUAGCCCCACAGAGUCCCAGUCAAACACAGAGACCUGGGGGACGCUGGGUAGGGACUCUGACGCUUGUGAAUCCACAGGGAGAUUAACGCCAAUGGGAAAGCCGGAGAGAGCACAGGAGAGUUUGCCAGUGCCGUCUUUGAGUCGGCCUGCGGACCUAGCAGAGAACUCAGUGGAGCAUUUCAAAGGAGGGGUCGAGCUUGUUGACCCCUCUGCCUCCCUCUCCGUCACCCAAACAGACACUUGGGCUCCGUCCAUUUCGGACGUUUCCUCCGACUCGCCCUCUCCUCUCCUCCUCCUCCCUCCCUCUCUCCUGUCCUCCUCUUCUUCAUCAUCCUCGUCUUCACCGCUUCCCUCCCUCUCUCCCCCUCUCCCUCCGUCUGUGGAGCUCAGCGCGGCGCUGUCCGAUUCAAGGUUGGUUCUGGAUGUGUAUCGGAGCGGGGCGGGUGUCCUGCCCUCUCUUUGGGAGGCCGUACCAGACCAGCUCAGGAGCCUGCAGUAUCUCAGGCUGGGCUCAGAAGACCAGGGGGCGCUAGAGAGCGCUGUCAGCGUCCUGCCUAACCUAACAAAGCUGCGUUCGCUGGCCAUUCGAGGCAACCGUUUCCACAACUCCCAGGGUGACCCCCUCCCAGGGCUUCUCACCUCUCUCCCUCCCUCUCUCUCAUCCCUCUCUUUUCUCGUUCACCUAGAUCUCUCCUUCAACCGUCUCUCCUCUCUCCCUCUCUGCCUGCUCUCUCUGUCUCGUCUCCGCGAGCUCCUCCUCUCUCAUAACGAACUCCGCAGGUUGCCCGAGGAGCUGGGAGGGCUGGUCUCUCUCAGGUCCUUGUGUGUGCUGGGGAACAGACUGGUGGGUCUGCCCAGGGGUGUGGGUUCUCUCGGGGCUCUCCGGACGCUGGACGUCUCCUUCAACCAGUUGCAGACGCUACCCGAGGAACUGGGCCAGUUACAGCAGCUCCACACGCUGGAGCUGUCCAACAAUCAACUCAGGCAACUCCCUGACGCGUUAGGCUCUCUUUGCUCUCUGAGGACGCUGGUCAUCCACAGUAACGAGUUACGGAGCAUUCCGGAGUGUGUGAGCUCACUUCCUCUCCUCACUGCGCUGGACCUGAGGAACAACCCUCUGGGUCGACCUGCCACGCCCCCGCCCCUCCCCCCUCCCCCACCGGCUGAGGAGGGCAGUGAAAUCCCAGAGUUACACUUGGGACUGAAUCAACACAGUUUUUCAGUCUCGUCCGCUGGUUGUCAUGUGUUUAUUCCCGGAGGGGCAGAGCUCCUGUUUCCACGGCGAUGUGUGAAAGCAGUCACGAGGCUGAAGUGGGCAGAGAGGAGGCCACACAGGAAGUGGGUGUGGCUAGAGGAGCACGAUUUCCUGCUGAGUCGCCCGCUGGAGCUCCUCCCUCAUGGUGUUGUGUUUGAGAGGCCAGUGGAGGUGUGUGUGCCUUACCACAGGUCCAGGAGAGGAGAGGUGGUUGUACGCAGGUAUGACGGUCAGUCCUGGACCACACUAUCAACUCUGACCAGGAGGGGGAGCCAGAGGCACAGCAGUAAACCAGGAGGUCGAUCUGCUCGGCUGGCCUGUUGCAGCGUCACAGAGUUCUCCUGGUUUGUGGCUGUUUCUCGUCCUGUCAGAGACACGUGCUCAGUGUCACCACAGGGGGCGCUGUUGGUGUCAGGUUUUGAUCCCGGGAUUAAACUGUCCUUUCCUCCGGACUGCACUGCACAGACACGUACCGUCACACUUCAGGUCCUGCAGGUGGCGCUGUCUGAGAUCCAGGAGUUAACUGGAGAUCCGCAGGCUAGUGCCAGUCCCCUGCUCUGCCUCUCCCAGACUCCCAGCAUGCAUUUCCUUCAGCCAGUCAAAGUGCAGAUCCCUUUACCCCCAGGGCUGACCGGUCACACUGUAGACAUGUCCCGCUUGCACCUGCUCCACGGAGACCCGGCUGCUCACACCUGGACAGACAUCACCUCUCAGGUGUCCCUGUACGUCACACACCUGUACGCCAUCUUCUCCGUCACGCACUUCUCCUGGUACUGGUUAUGGUACACCACUCAGAGUUGUAUCAGUGGUGUUGUGCGGAGAGUGUAUCACAAACUGAAACAGUUUCGGGUCCAGUUUCUGGUUCUCCAGCGCCGCUCUGACCCCAGACAGGUCCUGCUGCAGUGUCUGCCCUCAAACAAGGUAGAGGACAGGUUGGUGUCUCUGUGUGAGCAGUAUGAUGGUCCUCAGCCCUCUGAUCUGUGUAAUCUGUUAGAGGGAGAGCAGUUCUUUGCUGGCUUUGAGAAAGGCAUCGACCUCAGCUCAGACAGACCCGACUGUUUGGAGGGAAGACUCUCCUUCAUAUUCUACUCUCACCUGAAGAAUAUUAAAGAAGUUUACGUCUGUCCCAGUCAGCCUCAGCAGGGCGCGGUCCGAGGACAGGUGUCGUUCUACAGAGGGGAAAUUCCCAGUGACCUCCCAGAGGAAGUGGCCCGUAAGAGGAAAGGACACGACAGCCAAUGGAUGGCCACGCUCCCUCUCAGACUUCCUAGUUCUGACUCUGAGGGCAGUAGUAUAUACGGAGAGCCUCAGUACCCUCCCCUGAACCUGGGCGACCCAGAGAGCGGGUACUUGACUGAGACUAACCUUCUGUCCAUUUCCCUGCGGAUCGGCCGGGACUGGCGCAACAUUGGCAUCAACCUGGGCAUCGGCUACUCCGAGCUGGAUCGCAUCGAGUACAAACACAGGGAUAACCUGGGAGCAUUGGUGCUGGAGAUGCUUUUCCAUUGGGCGAGAGGGCAGCAGGAGGCGGGUCCAGGGGCAGUGCCAAGGUUGAUAAAUGCGCUAGAGGAGAGUGGAAGGCGGGACUUGGCAGAGGAAGUAGAGGACAUUGUCAGUCUUGGGAAGAAGAAAUAUGAGGAAUCUCUAAAGAGAGUGGGAUUAGAGACCCCGUCAACUUCAGACACACAGAGCCAGUAACACACACACACACACACACACACACCCCUUAACUUCAUGAUAAGGCAAACGCACACAAGCUAACACGGAAACAUAACUUGACUUUACGAUAACACACAUUCACCCCACAAUUUCACAGUAACACACAAACACUCACACACACACAAACUCUCUUUUCAGUCCACAGCUCCACAAAGCCAGUAACACACAGACACACGCAUACACACACACA